CAAUAAUGGAAGAAGGAAAGAGUCCAACAGAUGAUAAGUUAAAGAUGCAACAAGAGAAUCUAGUUUCUGCAGGCAAACCAUCAAGAAUGUAUGAUGUUCAUCAAAAUAUUAUGAAAAAUCAACAUAAUGAUUGCUCAUCGAUGAAACAAAUGAGAAAAUAGAAAAAGCCUUGAAAAAUCAUUUAAUAUGUCUUCUGAGCAAAGACUUCAAUCUUCCAAUAAAUAUUUCAAAAACCAGAAUGGAGAAUACAAAGAUGCUUCAAAUACAUUGGAUUCAGCUAAUGUAUGUCUAAGUAGAGGCAGUGUUUUAAUCAAAGCAAAUCAAAUUGAGACUUAUAUUCCAUGAGAUGUAGAAAAUACUACACAACCAAGGCAAGAGUUUCAAUUAUGUUUAGUGGCAAACCUUUGACUAAUAUUUAUCCUAAUCAACAAGUCAAUAUAUUGAUUCUUCCAGCAUCAAAGAACACAAAUGCAAUUGCAUAUGAUAUAAAAUCAAAAGAAUUUGCCAAAGUAAAACAAAUUUCCAAACAACCAAGACCUCCUCCUAGUUUUAUGGCCCAGCUAAGCCCAUUCCACCAAGGUCUUAUAGACACAUUCGGAAAACUAUUCUGCCUCAGAGAGUACAACAUCAACUGCUUCACAGACCCAAGCUCCAAAACAAGCUCCCCUAGUAUCAGCGCUCUCGCCGAAAACGGUGAUCUAAACUACAGUUCCCUCUCAUCCCCUUGCACCACCCCAAAAAGCAACCACCUCUUCAAUAACUCCCAUCCAGUCGUGCCGAACAAGACGAACCAAGCCUACUUCGAAGACAGCCAAAUCCCACACAAGAAUUCCAACUCUGAUGAAGCCCUAAAGAAACUUUAAGCUCUGCUAAUACUCUUUG